AUGCCUCCGAGAAACCGGCGUAAAAAGAGAAGAACCGAGGACUUUUCGCUGGAUUCCGACUCGUCGAGUGAAGAUGAGUCCCCUAAGACCACCGUGAAUGAAAAUCAGCCCCAACUGGUGACGGCUGAGGCUGAACCUGAGGCUAUUGAUGUCAAUGUUGAUAUCGAUGUUACCAUGGCGGACGAGCCCAAAGCUAAACAAGAGACCAACCCUAAGCUUAUGAACUUGAAGGAGAUACCCCUUACUCAGACGUCACUCAAUUUGGCCAACUCUACUACACCUUUCGGUAAUAACGAUGCCGCAGUAGCUCAAAUCGCCACUGAUCGGGCUGAGCUCACCCAGCAGUACCUCAAAAUGUUUGCCUCGCAAUACUCUAACGACAUUGAUGAGCUUCGGCAGAAACCCGACUUCUCGGAGAAGCUGUUGGUGAUGUUGGCGAAGGCGCUCCAGCUGGGGGCCAAUAUGUUUGACGACUCGACGCUUGCGGCCUUGAUGGAACAGUGA